CCUGAUUUUCCCAUAGUUUUCCCAUCACCAAAAAUGGCGGCAAAUCGAAACAGUUUGCCGCCCGGCAUAAAACCCUAAGUAUCUGAGUUUCUCUGAUCAUUUGCCACGCAAAUAUCAAACUGUACGCGUAAUACACGCUGGUUAUAGUGAAUUUCACUACAGAAUCAGAGAAGCCAAUACCUGCUAAAAAUAAUCCACUUAAAAACAUCUCAAAUGGCGUCCAAGGAAAACAUUGCGGACAACAUGGAGAAAUUCUCGCUUAAGAGCCCCAGCAAGAAGAUUCUGACGGAAAGCACCAACAACGUUCGCAAGAUGUUCAUUGGCCACGAGGCGAACGGCCAGUUGGCCAAGGAAUCCUCCGCCGAAAAUGGCAUCGGCAAGUCUGCCAAUUCCCUCAUGGAGAGGUCCGUAACCCCCUUUGACCCAUCGCUGGAGCCCCUUCUGCGCGAGAAUCCCCGACGCUUUGUCAUCUUUCCCAUCCAGUACCACGACAUAUGGCAGAUGUACAAGAAGGCUGAAGCCUCUUUCUGGACCGUCGAGGAGGUGGAUUUGUCCAAGGACCUUACUGACUGGCACCGACUGAAGGACGACGAGCGCCAUUUCAUCUCGCACGUGCUGGCUUUCUUCGCCGCCUCCGAUGGCAUCGUAAACGAGAAUCUGGUGGAGCGCUUCAGUCAGGAGGUGCAGGUCACGGAGGCACGCUGCUUCUACGGCUUCCAGAUCGCCAUGGAGAACGUGCACUCGGAGAUGUACAGUGUGCUGAUCGACACUUACAUCCGGGAUCCGAACCAGCGCGAGUACCUGUUCAACGCUAUCGAAACGAUGCCGGCUGUAAAGCGCAAGGCAGACUGGGCCCUGUCCUGGAUCUCCUCCAAGUCUGCCAAUUUCGGGGAGCGUAUCAUCGCCUUUGCCGCCGUGGAGGGCAUCUUCUUCAGCGGCAGCUUUGCAUCCAUUUUCUGGCUUAAGAAGCGCGGUCUAAUGCCUGGACUGACCUUCUCCAACGAGCUUAUCUCUCGCGACGAGGGCUUGCACUGCGACUUUGCCGUGCUGAUGUUCCAGCACCUGGUGCAGCGACCCAAGCACGAGCGCAUCAUCGAGAUCAUCCGUGACGCGGUGGCGAUUGAGCAGGAGUUCCUCACCGAUGCCCUGCCCGUUAAUUUAAUCGGCAUGAAUUGUGACCUGAUGUCCCAGUACAUAGAGUUCGUUGCGGACCGUUUGCUUGUGGAGUUGGGCGUUGGGAAGAUCUACAACACCAAGAACCCCUUCAACUUCAUGGAGAUGAUCUCGCUGGAUGGAAAGACCAACUUUUUUGAGAAGAAGGUGGCAGAGUACCAGCGCAUGGGAGUGGCCAGCAACCGCCUGGACAACGUGUUCACCCUGGACGCGGAUUUCUAGGGCUGGCCCCGGACAUCAUUGUUGCAAUUUAAACCUCUCAAGGGCUGGCUUCUCAUCCUUUAUAUUUUCAUCUGACGGCGUUUAUAUGUAGUCCGUUUUAAUUUUAACGUAGGCUAAGAAAGAUCACAGACCUUCAACACAUUCAUCAUUACUUGGACCUCCAAUUUUGGCUCAAACACUGCAAUUUUCCACACACUUGACUAUUACGAGGAGCGUGCGUACCUAUUCCGAAUUCAUUGUACAUAAAACAUUCUAAAUAAAUUUAUGCAUAGACAAUUAUUAAGCACUACAA